GUCACGCUAUGAGCGUGUCACGUGAAUGGCGGAAGGACAGGUGCAACCUCACAACCAAGCAGAAUUUUCACAACAACCGUUAUCAACGCAGACAGAAACGCGACCGAGGCCGCAGACAGGCCCGUAGACCCGCCUUCUGGUAGAGGAACACGACCGUUCAUCUUUCUGCCGUCGGGAGAGUCUGGAGGCCGGUCGACAUGACUCUGAACCAGAACAACUCGGAGUCCGGCGGAGUCAUCAUCAACAACAGCGAAAGUGUGUUGAUGAACUACGAUAACGUGGAGCUUGUCUUCUGUGAUGCGGACAGUCUGCCGGAAGCCUUCAGAAAGAGCAAGAAAGGCAGCAUCUACCUAACUCCAUACAGGGUGAUCUUUCUGGCUAAAGGGCGGGACGCACUGCAGUCCUUCAUGAUGCCCUUCUACCUUAUAAAGGGCUGUGAGAUAAAGCAACCUGUAUUGGGAGCCAAUUACAUCAAGGGCACUGUCAACUCUGAGCCUGGAGGUGGCUGGGAGGGCACUGCUAUGUUCAAACUCAUCUUUGCUGCUGGAGGAGCUAUAGAGUUUGGCCAGUACAUGCUGCAGGUUGCCGCACAGGCAUCAAGAGGUCAGCCAGUGACUUCUGGGAUUGGUGGAUGCCCUUACAUGGCUAAUGGGGCUUAUGCCUACCCUCCUCCCCCUGCUAACGGGAUGUACCCCGCUGGACCUCCCCCCGGCUACUCCUACCCCAACCCUCCUCCACCGGGUGGAUUCUACCCCAACCCUCCAGCGUUUGAUGCGUCUGCAGCCUACAUACCCCCACCUCCUUAUUCUGCUCCUCUAGGCCAGCAGCCCCCACAUGACCCAGACCUUCCCUCCUCAGCAGCAGCGGAGGCCAAAGCAGCUGAAGCAGCUGCAAGCGCCAGUGGUGCCACACACGCUCCUACACAUGUGUACCUGCCACAGGACAAGCCUCCCCCCUACUCCCCUCCUGAAGACAAGAAGAACCAGUAGACCGGCCGGAUCUCCGUCUCUUGUUCCCUCGGCCAACGUGGACACCCGCCCUCCCCCUUGUCACCUUCCGAAUCAUUCCUCGUGGCUUCACCUUCUCAUCCUCUACCUUUCACAUUUGGUUUUAAUUAUUCAUGAAUUGGGAUGGGUUUCAUUCCCUUCAGAGCACACUUUGUGGUGGAAAUGGGACGAGUUGGUAGCAAUCUUUGAGGGAAACAAGUCUGGAUUUAGAGGCUAUGUGGUUGAGUAAACAUGUUUUUUUAGCAUUCAAUUUGCCUUGCAGCUGUCUCGAGAAUCAUACCGCCACCCGAAACUUCAGAUUCAGUUACGACACUCACUUAUAUUUUUCUCUAUUCAAACUAGGAUGAAUCUUACCACGUUUACUUUGCUAGUGCAAGCUGAUUGCAGUGUUUUCAUUUUCUAUUAUUUGUUUGUACAGGCUUUUAAUAUUGUAGACUUUUUGAACAUGAGAUAUUUUCUCGAGAACACUAACCUAGAGGGAAAAACCAAACUUUUGUAAAGGGAGCGGAUUGCUUUGCCGUGUUUUAGUGGACGAGGGGAGCACAAAGAUUAGAGCAGCGGCGAGGCAGCGCAGUGAAUCCCUGAUCCUGGAUUAGAGCCGAGCGCGAGGGCAACCGGGGGGGGGGGGGGGGGGAUUAUCAGCAGAGCAGUUACCCAAUGAUGUCACUUCCUGUUUUUCUCAUGGCUCUAAACAAAUCGAGGGAAACAAAUGGUCAGACUCACCGUCAUUCUGCUUCACCUUUCAUUAUUUCUUAUAUUUAGAAAAAAUUUAGGAAAAUAAAGGCGCUUCUACUUUUCUGUGGUUGUGAUCUUUACUCCACAGUUGGAGGUUGGCCUUUAAAUCUGAUCUGAGCGCCCUCAGUAUCUGAGUAUCUACUCUUCCUUCCUCUCUAGUCACAUAUCUAUAUUCUGUAUCUGUGGCACAUCCGCGGCUGAUUCUUUGCACUCUCAGAAUGCUAUGUAUCGGGCUCCUGUUUGCUCUGUCAUGGCUGUGUGUAUUAUAAUAACAAUGAAGCUCUAUUUAUUUCAAACUAAUUUAUUGAAUAAUUCAUGUAAAAUGGCUCAAGUAACAAAAAACUAGUGCAUGUGUGCAUUGGAUUGGAUUUUAUUAAACAGAUGUUGAUUUAUGUGAAAAACAAGUUUCCUUUGCCUUUAUUUCCAC